CCUCUCAGUGCUAUUGUCCCCGGGCCUGGCCCUGAGCGGAGCUGCGGGCGAGGGCCGAGCUCGCCGGCUCCGCGGAAGAUGCCGGACCAAGCCCUUCAACAGAUGCUGGACAGAAGUUGCUGGGUGUGUUUUGCCACCGAUGAAGAUGAUAGAACAGCUGAGUGGGUGAGACCAUGCAGAUGCAGAGGAUCUACUAAGUGGGUUCAUCAGGCUUGUCUACAACGCUGGGUGGAUGAAAAGCAGAGAGGAAACAGCACAGCCAGAGUGGCAUGUCCUCAGUGCAAUGCUGAAUACCUAAUAGUUUUUCCAAAGUUGGGUCCAGUCGUUUAUGUCUUGGAUCUUGCAGAUAGACUGAUCUCAAAAGCUUGCCCUUUUGCUGCAGCAGGAAUAAUGGUUGGAUCUAUCUAUUGGACAGCUGUGACUUAUGGAGCAGUGACAGUGAUGCAGGUUCACCAUUCUACUCUAUUCAGUGAUAAUACUUUUGAUGUGAAGGUGGUAGGCCAUAAAGAAGGGCUGGAUGUUAUGGAGCGAGCUGACCCUUUAUUCCUUUUGAUUGGACUUCCUACUAUUCCUGUCAUGCUGAUACUGGGCAAAAUGAUUCGCUGGGAGGACUAUGUGCUCAGACUAUGGCGUAAAUACUCAAAUAAACUACAAAUUUUGAACAGUAUAUUUCCAGGGAUUGGUUGUCCUGUUCCUCGAAUUCCAGCUGAAGCUAAUCCUUUAGCUGAUCAUGUCUCAGCUACCAGAAUUUUGUGUGGAGCCCUUGUCUUUCCUACUAUUGCGACAAUAGUUGGUAAACUGAUGUUCAGUAGUGUUAACUCAAAUUUACAAAGGACAAUCUUGGGUGGAAUUGCUUUUGUUGCCAUAAAAGGAGCAUUUAAGGUUUACUUCAAACAGCAGCAAUAUUUACGUCAGGCACACCGCAAAAUCCUAAAUUAUCCAGAGCAAGAAGAAGCAUAAAACUGACUUCUGGUUGUUCUGAGGCCUCUCAUCCUGACAAGUCUGUUGUGUUGUUGUGACUCCAUCAUUAAUGCACUAGUGGAGACUUGUGAUAAGCUACUGCUCCUAUCUUUUAAAGAAAUGUAAUAAAGCACGCAGGGCAGGGGAUCCUCUCAGUAAUCACAGAACUAAGGAUACGAUUCAACCUGGUUAUUUGUAUGCACUGCUUUGACAGCCGUUGGCUAAACCAUUAUCUUAGCAUGGUAAACCUGGGUUUGUUCAUAUUUUUCCAGACAAAAAUGUAAAGCUAAAACUGUACAAAUAUUAAAAUGGACAUGCUGUUUUAUUCUGAUGCCUCUUUUGUAUAUACUCAUGUUCAGUGUUUUCUUAGGAAUACCAACUCAAAUGAAGGUACUGUGAGGACUUUUCUCACUGGCAUAAUUUGAUUACUUGCUAAACAGGAGCCUGUGUUAAUAUGAGGAAAUGUAAAUUAUAAAUUAGUUCUGAAUAAAUAACAAACCAAAAAAAUGUAUGUAAGCAUUGAAAUGGUUAUCUGAACAACAGGGAUGCUGUUGCCUUUUCCUUAACCCAUGUGACAUCUCAGAUGUGUAGGGUCAGUUUCCAGGGCUUCCAGAUCACUUUUUCACUAUUAAACUUUAUUUAUGCAAUGUUGACAUCUCAUAGUUCAUAAUGUAAUUUUGACCCAUGUAGUUGUUGUUGUCGUGUGUGUCUGUGAGUGUCUGUAUAUGUAUCUGGGGGGGGGGUUAGAAAAGGUGGGAGGGAGGGAAGGAGAGGGUAGGAAUAGGAGAAAUGAGGUAUAAGGACCUUUUAUCACUUAAUGUUUUUAAAGUUGUAUUUUUAGAACUUGGAGCUGCCAGUUAGUAAUUUAAGCAGAGAACAACUUGAGAAAAAAAAAAAGAUAACAAAUUUACUGUUUUUUUCAUUGGUUUAGUUAUUCAGGUAUUUGUUAAUCACUUCCCAUUUAUUCAGCCACUUCAGGGUGCUGUGAGAUACAGUGGUGAACAAGACAAAUUUGGUCCCAACUCUGAGUUUGCAAUCUCAUAGACAGAACAAGCAGUAGGUGAACCUAAGUGAGGUCUUGAGCGUGUUGUCUCAGUCAUUGAGAUAAUGAUGAAAACAAAUCUAAUGAAUGUCGAAGUUUUUGGUUUUGGCUACAUCCAUUUAUAGGAUAGCCAAUACUGAUGUUUUUAUGGUGUUUUGUUUUUGAGUCAGGGUCUCUUACAUAGGCUAGCCUCAAACUUCCUGUGUAUCUGAAGAUGACCUUGAACUCCUGAUCCUCCCAAUCACAGGCGAGCACCAUCGCACCUGCUGUUUUUAUGCAAUGCUUAUGAUUGAAUCCAGGGCCUUCUGCAUGCUAGGUAAACACUACCAAUUGAGCUAAGGCACCAGCCCUCUUUAGAUUCUAAUUGUCAUAUUCAGGGGGCUAGCUCCUUAAUAGUCUUUAUUUAACUAGUUUUAUAUUCAUUGUUCAACAAUGAAUUUAGGUCAUGUUUAAUAGUGACUAUUUUAAUGUUCAGCAAUCUGAAUGUUCUUUUAAUUUUCAUUGAUUAAAAUGAAAAAUGAGUUAAAAAUACAGUUCACAGUAUCUGAUGCAUGAUAAUAAAUGGUCCCUCUUACUGAGAAGUGGAUACUUUUGGAGUGUAACAAAUAUAGAUUGAGCUAUGUUAGAUUGUAAAUAAAACAUAAUUUUAGUAAAGACUGAUAUCUUUCUGUAGGUUGGAUAUCUGAGUUUUAUGGUGUCAAUGUGAAUGACUAUGAACAUCCAGAGUUGUAAUUAUCUAGGGUAUAAGGGACAAUUUGACUGAGUUAACCCUAACACUGCUGUUGUUCUGAAGAGAAAUUAUGAGCUCUGAUUAUACAUAAAAAUAACUUAGAUGUCUAGCUGUAAUUAUGAAAUAUACUGGCUUCUAUAAUUCCCAGUGUGAAAAGAUAUAUUAGAAAUUUCCUUGAUAAAUUUGUUAAAUUGAGCAGCAUUUUCACAGUUAUGCAAGCACUCAGUUCCCUAUGUACUACAUUAAUGUCCAAGAUGGGGUUGAUUGGCAUCAAGGCCCAUGAAAGCCAAUAAAGCACCUUUAACCCCUUGGGGGCAGGAAGUAGAGGUUUGGAGAGCUAUGGGGAAGGAACCACAAGUGCCUGUGAGCCAGAGCAGAUGCUAGCCUUGUAACUGAAUAGUUUCAAAUUUAAAGAGCCUUAUUCCAAGAAAAUAAGUACCCCAUGCCAGUCCUCCCUGGACAGUGGCCACCCAACCACAAAGCAACAAAGAGCAUGGGCAGACAGCUGUUUGUUGGUUUUUUGUUUUUGUUUUUUGAGACAGGGUUUCUCUGUAUAGUUCUGGCUGUCCUGGAACUCACUCUGUAGACCAAGGCUGGCCUUGAACUCACAGAGAUCUGCCUGCCUCUGCCUCCCAAGUGCUGGGAUUAAAGGCAUGGGCCACCACUGCCCAGCUGACAGCUUUAAAAUACUAGUUCAAGUUUUAGUAACUGUACUGUAUAAACCACUGUUAUUUUCAUCUCUAAAAUGUAAUUCACACUUAGACAAUUUCUAGAAUUAGCUGUGAAAGGACAGAGGUACUUUAGGCCUGAAUAGCUCCUAAAAAGUGUUGGUCUGCCCUCUAGGACAGGACAGGAAUAAAGAGAAGGGUAGUAGAGAAGAGAGACAGUAGAGACUUCGGGAAUAUGUGAGUAUACUGUUCUCCAGUUUAUUUUCAUAAUGUUGUUCUGUUAUUUCUAGAAAUGUCAAUGUUUUAAAACUCUUUUUUAUAAAAUUCAAUGAUUAGUACAAUUCUGUUGAAGCAGUUAACUCCAUCUAAGUGGCUGAAAAUAUUGUUCAUUACAUACUUACCAAAUGAUCGAAGAAUAUAUAAUUAAAUCUAGUGACUUCAUUAGUCACUGCCUUGCUAAUUCUGCUGUAAUUUUUUUUAAUAUCUUGUUUUUAAUAUAGAAAACUCAAUACUAGCUGGAUUAGGUUGAAUAAAGAAUUUUUAUGCUC